UGCGCGUGUCGAUCGUUUCCGCCGCGCGACCGGCCGCUCGAUCGGCGCCGCGACGCGUCGAAGACGCGCCGCAGACACGCCUGUCGUCGUCGAUAGGAAACCGGGCAUCAUCGCGGUCCUCAUGCACGUUUCCUCCGGAACGGAAAUCCUCGACUUUUCGAUCCCGAAUCGCGCGAUUAUACCUCGGCAGAUCGAAAAAUAGAAGGUCAAGCGGAGCGUGUGAGGGAAACGGUGAAUGAAACUUGAGUUUGCACCCCGCCGGGAGACACGAAGAGUACCCCGUGAUCUCGUACCUCGAACGGCACGGCGUGGGCGAUCCAGCGAGUGACUUACACCGAGGGCUGUGAUAAAGACGAGAGCGAUCGGGAAACGAGGGAGAGACAAAGACACGGAGGGAUGCACGUAUCACGCCCCACCGGCGCUUUUCAAUUACGCGAAUCUAGAUCACGAAGCUGUUAGCGAAUUAAGCGGGCUUGAGAGCGGACUAUGCGGGCUGAGCGCGAGAUGGAAAGAGGAAAAUAACGAUCCCUCGUGCCGUCGCGAUGAGAAAUCAUCGUGCUGGGGCGAACUCGCAGGUCCGGAGUAGCGACGUAACGGUGCCAUGGAGCGUGGGGGCGAGGAAAACCGGAAACCGUCGGUUUAUCCGGUAAACUCGCCUUGAUUCCAUUUCCCGGCACGUCGUGCCAAUUUCGACGUGCGAAGCGAAGCGAAGCGAACGGGGAUCGUUCGCGGGAUCGUCUUGUCCUAAAGCCUGCAGGGCGAAAAAUCGUCCCCUUCGAAGGACCGAUCGCGGAGAUCGGACGCGGCGCACGAGAAGGAGAUCGACCGGCACCACGAAACGACUAUGAGAGAUAAAAAAUGAGGUGUCUAAUCUUGACCCUCGGUCUGCUGGUUUCGGUGCAAGGACCUACCCGUUGCACGGCCGAUUUCAGGAUACACGAGAAUCGUGCAUCGGAGCCGCUCGAUCGAGUGCCGUACUUUGACGUCUCGGCCUCUCGUAACGUGACAGCCCUCGUUGGCAAAACGGCCACGCUGAAUUGUCGAGUACGAAAUUUAGGGGAUCGAACGGUGUCAUGGGUGAGACACAGAGAUAUCCAUCUUCUCACCGUGGGCGUCGAGACGUACACGUCGGACCAGAGAUUCAUCGCGUCGCAUUUUCCUCACACGGAGGACUGGACGCUACAAGUGAAAUACCCUCAACAACGGGAUUCUGGCACAUACGAGUGUCAAGUGUCCACGACGCCGCCCAUAGGUCAUUCCAUGCACCUCUCUGUUGUCGAGCCCGUAACGUUAAUCGUCGGAGGGCCGGAAAUGUACAUAGACAAGGAUAGCACUAUGAACUUGACCUGUAUCGUGCGCCACAGCCCGGAACCACCCUUGACCAUUUACUGGACUCACGAUCAAGAGGUGAUCAAUUAUGACAGUCCGAGAGGCGGGGUAUCGGUUAUCACGGAGAAGGGCGAGAUAACGACGUCAUACCUUUUAAUUCAACAUGCUCAACCGGCGGAUAGCGGACAAUACACCUGCCAUCCCAGUAAUGCUAACACAAAGACAGUCCUAGUUCACGUACUUAAUGGGGAACAUCCAGCUGCGAUGCAGCACGGCGGGCAGCUAAGAUUAGCCAAUUUACCUUUUGUAAUGAUCUCGACGACGCUUUUGACCUUCUUGAAUCAUCCUUACUAGACGUAGAACCAUGGACCAUUGUAAACCAUUGUUAGUCGGGUGUAUUUCUUUCCAUUUUCCACGCUGACUCGUUUGAUUCUCCUCCGAGGGAAGGAAGAGAAAAGAAAAGAAAAAAAAAAGAAACGAAUCUAUCUGCCGUCUCGUCGAACAUUCUAUGCAGCCAGUAUGAAUAAACGAUCGAUAAAGUAAACUGCACAAGUUCGAGAGUCUUUCUACGCGACGAUGUGAUUUAUAUAAAUUGUACACUUGUUGUUUCGAUUGUUUAUUAAGGACUGUUACUAAGUCGUCGUUCCUCCAUUUACAUAUCCGUUCCAUUAUUUAUUGUUAUUAAAUUGUUUAAAUUGCCUUUAUGUAAUUAAGUAGCCCUCAAUUGAAUUAAUUUUCAUAUUUAUUAUUGAAUAUUCUUUUUGAAUUAUGAAUGUCAUCUGUAUUGUCUAUAAGCGCAUCUUGCAAAGAUUUAGACGGAUACAAUAAACGACGGAGAAUCGUACUUCGAAAAGAGAAAGCAUCGCAACGUAUUUGAAAGAUGUGUAAAGACAAAUCCGAUAGCAAUGAACGGGAAACGUGGCAAAAAGCGGAAGAGAAAAACCAGAAGCUUUUCGUUGACGCUAAAAUACGCUGUAACGUGCGAUUCAAGACGAAGACAGGGUAACGAAAACUGGAUAUAUUCGUGAGAAUAUUUAGCGAUUAUUUAAUUUGAAAGGCUUCCAUCCAAGCGGCCGAUUACAUUUGCUUUAUCAUGUUUUACAAGACAAUACGUUGUACUUGCCAAAAAAAAAGAAAAAAAAGAAAAAAUGUGUAUGUUAUUGUUAAAGAAAUAAUUUUGAUUUUAACAUAGAGACAGAAAGACGCAUGUUAAAAUCUAUUAUUAUGUUAUGAGGAGAAAGAGAACCGCGCACGCCUCGCGCAUACGGAAUAUAUAUAAAAUACGAUAAAAAGCCGCUGCAAAUGGAAAUAAUCGAUGAUGUAUGAAUGAGCGUGUUACGCUACGGUAUGAUUGGAAAUAUUCGUGCAUAAACGCUAUAAGUUUUUGAGAGAAAAUUGUUCCUUAACGAUCGUCUUCGAUGCAAGAAAGGACUCAGAUGAACUCGACGCUUUGGCAAAAUUACGUAAAAUACGCUUUCCAUCGAAUGUUAUGCUACGAUCGUAUUAAAAUUUCUAUUCCUUGAUUCCAACGCAUUUGUUAAACGUUGACACUUUAUUUCAUAUUAAAUAAUUUAUUUGACAUAUUUAUAUCGCUUCGAAUUACUGUUACAGAAUUUUAACAUGGAGAUGAUAAUUAUAAAAAAAUUAUAAUUACAAAUUCGGUAUUCAUUACAAAUUAUAAUAUCCGAAAUUGUAAUUGUCAAGGAAAGUUUGCUCAUGUUUAUUGUAUGAAUCUCAUUGAUUUAUUUAAUGUGUUUAAUAUAUUAAACGCGUACUAUAAAAUUGGAUCUAAUACUAUUUAUUCACGAGAAAAAAGAGACAGCUUGAUUCAACGUUGUGUAUUUCGAUAAUUUAAUUUUUUAAUUAGAGUUAAAUAGACUGUUUUAUAUUUAUGACAUCUUGUUCUCAGGACAUGCUUAUAUAUCACUGUCGCUAUACAAAUUAGAACGUAUGUAUUGUGUGUUUAUCCGCGGAAUUUUUCGAAUUUAUGUGAGUAAUUUGAGACUCUCGACCAUUUCUUAAUUUGGUGAAUAGGUAAUGAUAGCUAUUUGUUAUUGUCGUGCAAAUAAAUCAAUUGACAAAAUCA